AUGCCAGCUUGGGCGAUUCACUUCGACGGGCAUCCGUACAAGACAGAGACCGCGCGCUUCGCAUCGCUAUACGUAAAGCAAAAACUGUCAGAGAUCGCUGGCCAUUCCUCGCAAUUCGUCAUCAAAAUCGACGGUCUUGAGGUCAGUCCUGGUACUUGA